GGGCUCCUGCUCACCCUCCCCUCCCCACCCUCGCCCACCGCCAUGGACGGGCCCGCCGCGCGCGGGACCCCAGCCCUUUGGGACAACUACGAGGAGGACAUCUCAAAAAUCAGCCAGAAGUUGCCAGGCGAGUACUUCAGAUACAAGGGCGUCCCCUUCCCCGUUGGCCUGUACUCACCGGAGAGCGUCAGCUUGGCGGAGAGCGCCACGGACGUGCGGGACGACGACAUUUUCAUCAUCACCUACCCCAAGUCAGGCACCAACUGGAUGAUCGAGAUCCUCUGCUUAAUCCUGAAGGACGGGGACCCCUCCUGGAUCCGCUCAGUGCCCAUCUGGGAGCGGGCGCCCUGGUGCGAGACCAUCAUGGGCGCCUUCAGCCUCCCGGACCAGCCCCGGCCCCGCCUCAUGAGCUCUCACCUCCCCAUCCAACUGUUCACCAAGGCCUUCUUCACCUCCAAGGCUAAGGCAAUCUACCUGGGCCGGAACCCUCGGGACGUGGUGGUCUCCCUCUAUCAUUACUCCAAGAUCGCCGGGCAGCUGAAGGACCCCGGCACGCCCGACCAGUUCCUGCAGGACUUCCUCAAAGGCGAAGUGCAGUUCGGCUCCUGGUUCGACCACAUUAAGGGCUGGAUUCGGAUGCAGGGCAAAGAGAACUUCCUGUUUAUCACCUACGAGGAGCUGCAGCAGGACCUCCACGGCUCCGUACAGCGCAUCUGUGAGUUCCUGGGCCGGCCGCUGGGCGAGGAGGCCCUGGGCUCCGUGGUGGCGCACUCGGCCUUUGGCGCCAUGAAGGCCAACACCAUGUCCAACUACACGCUGCUGCCCCCCAGCCUGCUGGACCACCGCCAGGGGGCCUUCCUCCGGAAAGGGGUCUGCGGCGACUGGAAGAACCACUUCACGGUGGCACAGAGCGAAGCCUUUGACCGCGUAUACCAGGAGCAGAUGCAGGGACAGCCAGCCUUCCCCUGGGACAUUCCCGAGAACCUGGAGGACACCAGCUCCAACCCCAAGCCAGAGCCCAGAGCCGACCGCAGCCCCGGCCCCGAAGCCCCCCACCCGUGACUCCGAGAAUAAACACAUCACUCCUGCCCUGGCUUCAGGAUGCA